AUGCCAGACGCUGACUCGAAUCGCAAGCGGUCCCGUUCCCCUUCUGACAGCGAACAGCAAAAGCAUCAUAAGCGUGCCAAUACAGGCGCACCAUCAACUUCGAAUGACUCAAAAACAAACAAUAAUAGCUCCGCUUCUCACUCAGCAUCUGACGUGACCAUGGCAGACGCACCGUCCAAUGUCCAGGACACCGCUGCAUCCACUCCUUCCAACGGGGACAAGGGCAAGGACGACUCCAAGGGAAGCGACAACGGGAAGUCAAAUUCCGCAGAUGCCUCAGCCGCACCAACACCAGUGCCCUCCGCCAACAUCCACAUGCGUUGCCUGAUAGUAACCCAGGAUGCCUCGAUCAUUAUUGGGAAAGGUGGUUCGCAUGUCAACGAGAUCAGGGAGAAGAGCGGCGCGCGGGUGGUUGUCUCAGAGAGCAUCCCUGGCAAUCCCGAACGCAUUCUGAACGUCAGCGGUCCUCUCGACGCAGUGUCCAAGGCCUUUGGAUUGAUAGUUCGCCGUAUCAAUGACGAACCAUUUGACGUCCCCUCUGUGCCGGGAAGUCGCGCAGUCACCAUCAAGUUCAUGAUCCCCAACUCUCGGAUGGGCUCGGUCAUUGGCAAGCAGGGCUCCAAGAUCAAGGAGAUUCAGGACGCCAGUGGGGCGAGGCUAAAUGCAAGCGAAGGCAUGUUACCGGGGUCGACAGAGCGUGUGCUCAGCGUAGCUGGUGUCGCAGACGCUAUCCAUAUCGCUACGUACUACAUCGGCAAUAUCCUUAUAGAGGCGCAGGAGCGCAUGCCAUCCUCAUCCAAUUCUACUUAUCGCCCGACUUCCAACUCACGCCGCCCUACUCAUGGAGGUUCGUCCUAUGUCCCAGGCUACGCUUCCUAUCCAGGCUCGACACCUUCCAACCCACCGCAGCAACUUCAGACACAGCAGAUCUACAUCCCGAAUGACCUUGUAGGCUGUAUCAUUGGGAAGGGGGGCAGCAAGAUCAAUGAGAUCAGACAUAUGAGUGCAAGCCAGAUCAAAAUCAUGGAGCCUGGUGCUGUCGGGGUCGGGGUCAAUGGUGCGCCUGCACCUGCAGGCGGGGAAGGCGAACGUCUGGUGGUUAUCACUGGCCAGCCUGCCAACAUACAGAUGGCCGUGCAACUAUUGUAUCACCGCUUGGAACAAGAAAAGCAAAAGCAGCUUCGCGCUCAAUCAUCUACCUAA